AUGGGCAGGUCUUUCACAGUCUCGUUGGCCGUAUUCGCGGCCACCGGGUCGUUCUUGUUCGGAUAUGACAGCGGUGUCAUGACCGAUGUGAUCGACUCGAAGAACUUUCUCAAUUUCUUCAAUACCACCAAGACAUCGAACAUCAUCGGUGCCAUCAACAGCACCUUUUCCGGAGGAGCGGCCAUUGGCGCCCUUCAGGGAGGGCUGACGAUGGACCGGUACGGGCGUAAAUUCACCAUCCAAAUGGGUGCCCUAAUCUGUCUUGUUGGCGCCAUCCUGCAGGCCGCUGCGCAGAAUUUGGCGAUGAUUCUCGUCGGCCGCAUCUUAGCAGGGUGGGCUGUCGGUCUCUUGUCCAUGUCAGUUCCGGUUUACCAGGCCGAGUGCGCUCACCCGCGCUCCCGUGGAUUUAUCAUUGGAUUGUCACAGCAGAUGAUUGGUGUUGGUUUCAUUGUUAGCACAUGGGUCGGAUACGGAUCACUCCAUGCCCCAGUCACGAGCGAAUUCCAAUGGCGCUUUCCACUGGCGUUCCAGGCCGUUCCAGCACUGCUACUGGCGGUGGGCAUGUUCUUCUUGCCCGAAACCCCGCGGUAUAUGAUUGAGACAGGGCAUUACGACGAGGCGAUGAAAACUCUUCGAAGGCUGCACUAUGACGGCACCAACGACGAUUGGAUUCAGACUGAGUACACGGAGAUUAGAACAACGAUUGAUGCCGAGAACUCCGUUACGAAGCCGGGGUGGCUCAUUAUGUUCAAGGUACCCCAGUGGCGAACCCGUUUGCUUCAUGGAGUCGCUGUCCAAGUCUUCACCCAGAUGACCGGCGUCAACGUGAUCAACUACUACCAAACCAUCAUGUACAACUCGCUAGGUAUCACUGGCAGCCGGACUACGCUCGUGGCGGGGAUCUACAACUGUGUGGGCCCAGUAACAAACCUAAUCUUCAUUCUCUUCAUCCUCGAUCGCGUCGGGCGUCGCAAGCCCAUGAUAUUCGGCGCAAUCGGCAUCUCCCUGGCGCUGAUCUGCGAAGCGGCCUUGAAUUCCCAGAACGAAGAUGGCACUCACCGCGGGUAUAGCAUUGGCGGGGUGUUCUUCAUCUUUUGCGUGACUGUGAUAUUUUCACUGUCGUUUGGACCGUGCAGCUGGGUCUAUAUGGCGGAGGUUAUGCCCAUGCAAAUCCGAGGUCGCGGGAACGCUUUCGCUACCGGCGUUGGAAACUGGGCUGUGAGCACGCUGUGGAAUCAGGUCUCGCCGAUCGCACUCGACAAGAUCAAGUGGAAGUUUUAUUUUGUCUUUGCUGCAUUUAAUAUCUUCGUCAGCCUUCCAGUGAUCUACUUUUUCUUCCAAGAGACUAAACAAAAGUCAUUGGAGGAGAUUGACAUUCUCUUCGGCGGACGGGCGCUAGGCACACUACCGGAAGACGUCACAGCCAAGCCAACGGCCGAGGAACGGGAACACGCCGGAGAGAGGGGCAUCAGGAUGGGCAGGUUCGACGAAGACAAUCGGGUGUAA